CAAGUUAUCCAGUCGUGAACGGAAAGCCACCGAAGAAGGUUGCUUGGAUUCUCAAGGCCAAUAGAGUAUUCGAUUAUACACGAAGAAUUCGAUAAGGAAAGUGUUGCGGAAGAAAUUUUAAACGGAGUGAUCAUCGCUCAUGCUGAAGACAUGAGGCUCCACAUCAUCGUUGUCAUACUGGCGUUAGUGUCGCUUUCACACGCAAGAGUUUUGGAAAAAAAAGCAAUCAAACUGACAAAUAAAUCCCCCAUUGUCCUAAGGCAAGAUGUUGAAGAAUACAGUGAUAGCGAGAAUGCCGUAGAUGGUAAUAUUUCUGAAUCCAAUGCUGUAGAUGAGGCAGACGCAAGUGAAAUUGUGAACUGCUACGAAGUCAAUUGCAACGAAGCUAGCAAUGUAAAUGCUGAUGAGGAAACCAAUUCUGAAAAUAAUGAAGUUUUACAAGAAAUUAAUCAAGUUCCUCAGGAACCUGUUAGUGAAGCACCAGUGGUGAACACUGACGAUGCUAACCCAAUAAAUCGGUAUUGCAAGUGUACAACUUUUGAAUGUAACUGUUGUCGCGAUUUUGCGUUACCUCUUGUUCCUGUAAAAGGUCCAGGAUGCGCUUCAGUUCAGUACCUAGAAGGUAAUCGCAUGUCUAUAGGAGUAAAAUUCGGAGAUCGGGUAUUGGCAAGUCGAGUAAUUUCAGGACGCAAGGCAACUCCUGUAUGCAUUACCCUACCAGGAGGCUACAACCGUUUCUGUGGCCGCGUAUAUGGUAUUAACAGAAGGGCAGAUGAUCAUUUCAAGGCCUGUCUUGGUCUGGAGCUACGUGCAGACAAUGAAAUUGAAGCGGUUUUGCGUGUAUCUUGCUUCAAGUUUGGACCACGUGGUCUGUCCGUAAUCGAGGCCGAACCACUUCCACCAGUUGUUGAUGUUGAUGGAGAUGAAGAUGAAGAUGACGAAGAUGAUGACGACGAUGACGACGAAGGAGAUGAUCUGCUAGGAACAUUGGGCAUUGCGGAUGAUGACGAUGAUGAUGAUGAUGAGGAAGAUGAUGAAGAAGAGGGAGCUGAGCUGGAAGAACCUGAAGUUCAAUCUUCUGAACCAGGAUAUACAGGAUUCAGUCUUUUGGAAGGAGAUUUUCUAGGGGACUUACUUGGUACAACUGGACAAAAAAAGAAGAAAGCCAACACGAACAAAAUAGAUACCACUCAGCCACUUACCAAAAACGCAGCAAUUCCAAAACCAGCGAAAAAAGCUACUGUACCAGUAGUUGAAUCGGCCAAUAUUACAGUUACGAAAACAAAAGAUAAGGACGAUGAUGGUUCCGAUGAAAUAACGGAUAUUGUGGAGUCUAUUGUUACUGGAGGGGACGACGAUAGUGCAGAAAACGAUGAUGACGAUGACGACGACGAUGAUGAAGAUGACGAAGAUUCCAAAGAAACUAAAGGAGUGACCGAAGAAACCACCAAUGACGAAGAUGAUUACGAAGAAAGCGGAGAAGAGAAUGAUGUGAACAACCAUGAAGAAAGUACUGAUACAGCACAAACAAAGAAGCCAAACUACGGUUUCAGUUGGAAUAACUUAACAAGAUUGUUUCGAAUAAUUUCAUAGAAAAUUUCUAUGAAUCACUGCAGAGUGAGAUAAAUCUUAUGACUACAAACGUAAUUUAAGAAGACUCUGUAAAUCUGUUCAAAACGAGACCGUCAAUAUUAUUUAUUUAAUUUAUUUAUUUAAUUUAUUUUAAUUUAUUGUAGUUAUUUAUUGAGAUGAAAAUACAUAUUUUUAAAUC